AUGGCGAAGAUGGAGAGAAGCAAAAUUCAAGGAAGAACCAAAGAUGCCAAAAUUGCAAAAACGAGAAAACCGGGAUUCUCCAAGUUCUCCUACCAACCAAGUAGAGGAAAAAUAUUUAAAUUCACUCCACAGAAAAAAAAAGUAGACGUGAGGAAACACAUUUUUAAACACUACGGACGAAGUAAUUUAUCCAUGAUGAAUAGAAAGUACUCGAGAAGAGUAGGAGGAACAAACUCGUAUUACGCAAAGGGGAAGAAAAGAAUAGGAGGGAAGUUUCAGGAUAGGUCUUUUACCAAUGGGAAAGGGGGGUUGGUUACAAUUACCAAGGUAAACAACUUUAGGAAAAGACGAACAACAAAGUAUCGAACAACCACCAAGAGAAGAAAUCACUUCUUUAAGAAGACGCAGAAUUUGCAUGACAAGAUAGGGAAACUGACGUCCAAGGAUCUGGAUGACGAAUUGGACAAUUACAUGGGCUCGAGCAAUGUGAAGUCGAGACUAGACAACGACUUAGAGUCAUAUUUUAAAAACAACGAAAUGUUGCAAGGGGAUGGAAAUACAGGAUUGAACAAAGUGGCCGAGUAG